AUGCUUUCCUCGCUUAAGGCUGCGCAAGAGAAGCUGUUAAAGUACUACGCUAUAACAGAUAGUAUCGAAGGUAACCUCUACGAGUCGAAUAAUCUAGAGAAGGACUAUAAAAGGAUAUAUCGUGAGAGUCUUAAGUCUUUCUUUACCUCGUACGACGAGAAACGUCCGGAAGAAAGGAAACGGUCGGAUACUAUAUUAUUAAUAACGAUAAUAACAGAUGCCGAUCUACUAUUUGAAAACUCAACGAGCUUACGAGGUACCUUAAAAGUCAAAGACUAUAAACACGAGUUUCCCGUACUUACAAGCCUUGCCCGGGAUAUUUUGUCGAUCCUAGAAUAUCUCUUAUACCAAGAGAUUGUAGCUAUAGCAGAGGCUAAUAAAACACGGGAUAAAUCGUUUAAUCCGAUUAGUGAUACCGAGGAAGAGAUAGAGGAUCUUAUGUAUAAGGCGGAGAAUCAUGAUGAGGACGAUAACGACGAUAUCAACCCUCCUUUGCCUAAUAUAUAG